AUGGAUCACAUAUUCUUCGUUUCACUUGUUUUCGCUUUCUUCUCUUUUGCUGCUGCCAUUAUUCCUCAGUACAGCAUUGCAUAUUUUGAGCAGAAAAUUGAUCACUUCAACUUCGUCCAAGACGCAACAUUUUCACAACGGUAUUUGUACACAGGUAAGCUAAAUUCCGAGGCAACUUAAAACUACAGCAGAGCAGGUAAGUUUCAGGAAUCUUAUAGUGACCAUCCUUUGAAUGAGAUGUCUUUGUAAGUACAGCCAACUCUCUAAGAAGGAUACCUCUUGGACUGGCAUUAAGUGUCCGUCUUGGAGUGCUGCUCGUUCAGUAAUACAGAGUCUAUAAAGAAAGUAAAGAGAGCAAGGGACCAACUCUAGGUGUCCAUGUUACCGAGAUGUGCGUCUUAUUGAGGUGUCCGUUGUGUCGUUAAGGGAGAAUCGACUGUGAUUCAAAAAUGUACCAAAAAUUGACAGAAACAUAAAAAGGUGCUUGCUUAUCAUUAUUUUAUGGCAGUAAUUUGCAUUCACCUGCUUGUUGUACGUCGAGCACGCUGUAAAAGAAUGAUGGCAUAUUUCAUAAAUUUAAUAAUGCAAUACAGAAACAUUUGUAGUACUAUUGUCUGGACAAACAGGCGUGGUAGCUUGAAAAUAGUUGGACUUUUUAAACUAUUUUAUUUCUUUAGGGGAAACAAGAUAAUGAAUAUCUGUGUGAUUUUGCUAAAGGUGCCCGCUAAGUUUUUGCUUGAACACGGGCAUCGCCCGUGUUCAAGCCAGUGUAGCCGGAAAAAAACCAGGGGGCUUACUGUCUUGCUAGGUGUCAGCUGAGAGCCGUGACCCAGACCUAUCCGUGCGUGGGUGGCUUCCUUGUUUUGUGUGAAAACCAGGGGGGUAGGGAGGGGAGAUUUUGUCACUUUGGUUAGAGUUUUAUGUCAGAAAGCAGUGCAGAUGGCCUAGGCCAGCCAAAUCAAUGCGGUGACUCAUAAUCAUAGCAUUACUAGCAGAGCUUGGGGGAAGUGAUUGACUAGUCAUAAGCUUCAUGGGUGGGGAGGGUGCGUAGUUGCUGCUUGGACUUAACCGUCUAGAGACUCAGUACAGGCACCUUGUAUGAAAUCCAGACAGAGAUACAAACAGUAUUUUUGUAGUUUUUAUCUCACCAGUGCUGAAAACAUGACAGUUUUAUCGUCAUAACUUGAUUGGUUUGUGUGACAAGUCGUCUAGGCAGUUUGACAAGACGAAUGUUUUAACAAAACUUACAUAUGUAAAGGCGGAAAAACAAAAGUUCACUUACGCUCAAAAUAGUAUCUCUAUUAAUCGCUGUUUCACACAUCAAAGAUAUUUUCCCUUUUAAUCACAAUGUUAAGGCUGUUAUUAAAACGUAACGGCAAACGCAGAGCGGAAGCUGAAAGAUGGGAUCAACGAAGACAAUGAGUGACAGCGUUACCAACAGCUUUUAAUUGGUUUGUCUGUGCUGAAUGUUUUGGCCCUCUACAGUUCUUCCUCGGGCACUGAAAAGUGAACAUGGUAUCUUUUCAUGAAUUCUCUUACUUCAUUUAAACUUAUAUUGAAAUAUGCAUUUAUGAGCAAAAUGUCACAAACUUUGCAAAGUACCAUAUGUUUAAAUCGAUCCCGGCGCAAGAAACCUGUAUGGCCUAGAAACGUACUCAUGAAGAAUAUGCUCAGAGGGUCGGAGAGAAGCAGGUGAAUUGGUUUGAUUUUCGGCUAGUUAAGAUUCUUACAUGCUAUGUUUUAUAUUUCAAUUGUUUCUGUCACUAUUUGUGCCCCUAUAAUGUCAAAUUUUCCCUUCUCUUACUUUGCCUAAAGUGAAAAAAAACGAACUUUCCUGUUGUGGUUUUAGCGGAGCGUCCGCACGCGCAGAGUCCUAUAGCUAUAGAAAAUGUAGCCUGCGUGGCAGGCGUAAAAAGAGGAGGGGGAGGGGGAGGGGGGAUCGAGAAAGGGAAAAGAGAAAGGAGCCCUCUCUCCCUCCAAUCCCCCUCCCCUUUUUCCGUCCCUCCCUAUCCCCUACCCCUUUCGACGCCUGCUACGCAGGCUAUAGAAGAUGGGAACCGUACCUAUCGCUGCGAGGAAACUUGUUAUGACGUUAGCGUACACCGUCCGUACAGGCUCCGGGGGUAGGGAAAAAAACUCAGUAGGGUAGGAAAGCGGAAUCCCAGACACGUACAUUGCGUUUCGUUUUGGCGCAAAAUUUACUAUUUUAGGGCAACCAACGGAAUGCACGAGUAAAAAUUUAGAUUGAAGUUUCUUGUGUUCCACUUCUGAAAAAAUUUCGGAAAUAAAUUUCUCUAAGGCUUUACUUAAGUUAGGCUGGGUAACCUGCCACAUGCUACCUCAUCUACAUGGGGUCCCCCACCUUCAUGUAAACAGGUCCUAACUCACAUUGUUCAUUCUCGCCGAAAAGCAAGUACAUAAAAGAUUUGUCAAUCAUUUUACCGACUGACUCGUAACUUUGCCAAAAUGACUUCGUCUUUUUGGAAUACAUUAGAUAUUAUUAUUACGUUUAUAAUUUGUAGUUCAAAUCAAAUAAAAUCAAUCAAAUCAAUAACUUUAUUUAAUCACGGAAUCCUUUUCACUAAAAAGUGCUCUCCCAAGGAGCCAUGCACUUUAACAAUAAGUUACACAUAUUUAAUAAUUUAUAAUACUGAACCUAUGUCAUUACAAUUAUAAAAAUUACCUAAUUUUACAUUAAUUAAAUUAAGAAAAUUAUUUAAACUAGUGGUCUGCUUAGCCUCGACCGACAGACUAUUCCAUAAGACAGCACCCCUAUACCAGAAACACUUCUUAAAUGCGUCAGUGUAUGGUCUCGGAACUAAGAGAUUGUGUUGCGAGCCCCGCAGAUUUUGUCUCUGAAUGGAAUUGGUGUAGGCAAAUUUCUCUGAUAUACAUUCGGGUACUUAUCUGUUCACUGUUUUGAACAUGAACGUUUUUAAUUGGUUUGCUCGCCUGACGGAGAGGCUCAUCCAACUGAGAUCACGAAGGAUCUGGGGUGAUCUAACAUCCAAGCCGGGCCAGGUAUUAUACGUGCUGCUCUGUUUUGUAUUUACUCAAGUCUUUGACUAAGACCAGUGCCAAUAUUUCCCCAGACAACACUACAAUAAUCAAGAUGAAGCAGAAUCAAUGAUUUGUAAACUGGGACAAGAAUCCCCUGGGGACAAAUUGGUUUCAGUCUCCUCAGGGCAGCAAGUGCAUUUGCGACUUUACCACUGAGUUCCCCAAAAAAGUGUUUUAUCCACCCACAUGCCUAGGCUUUUUUUAGGUACUGGCAUCUUUCUAUUGAUUGACCAUCAAGACAAAUAUCUGUUUCACUAGGGAGCAGAGAAAUUUUGUGUCGGAUCCCCUUGAACAGACACUUGGUCAUGAGAACAUUCAGACUAAAGCGACUCGAGUCGAGCCAUUGUUUCAGAUUGGCAAGGUCAUGAGUGAGGGAUGAAAACAAAUCAUCACGGUUUUUAGAAGAAUAAGUGAGAUUAGUGUCAUCAGCAUACAUCCUGACAUCUGACAGAAGGUUACAGUUUGGCAAGUCAUUAUUGAUAUAUAUUAAGAAUACAAGGGGGCCAAGGAUAGAACCCUGAGGCACUCCACAAUGUAUAAAGCUAGCAUCAGAAUCGACAUUGUUUAUCACUGAAUCUGAGUUCUAGGUCUAACGCACAUUUAGUACACAACACGCAAAAAGCAGUUUGUGUAGACUGCAAGAUUAUGGUUAUUCAUUGAGGGAUAUGUUAAAUGUAUUAUCAACCUUCCUGGGUCUUUUCGCCACAGGAAACAAAAAGUAUAACUUACAGUAAAGGUUACUGAGUAUGAUAUUGUGAUGUACAUGUAUUUAUCUAAAGGGUAAUUUGCACGUAACGGUUUGUCAGUCCGAUUUUGCAAAGAAAACAUAUUCUAAACACAAAAAUCGUCCAAUUUGCCUUUUGGGUAGAAUCCCUUUAAGACGGAAAGAUUCACUUAUAAACAUAAACUGUGAACUGGACGCAGCCAAAGACUUUCGAGAAUGACAACCAGCCUUUAUAAAACAUGCAAAUUUCAUGGGCUAUUAGCUUCUCAAAGGGGUGUGGUUUGUGGGGGGGGGGGGGGGGGGGGGGGCAGUGAUGCAGACGUAUGGGUAAGAAUUCUUUUCCAAGACUAUUUCCGUGAUCGAUUUUGAUUUAUAAUAUUAUCUUUUUGUCUUACAAUCAGUUUAAGUAUAAAUUUCUGGAUUUCUUUGCAUAGGUUGAAGCUUCUUCGUUUUAAUUUUGGAGUUUUUCAAAAGUAACUCAAGUAUAUAAAAUGGACGCUUCGCGUUUAGCCUUAGCUAAAUCUAUAUAUUAUUUUAAGUCUGUGUAUAUUUCUUUGUAGAUCAAUACUGGAAUAACAACGGGCCUAUUUUCUUUUACACUGGUAAUGAAGGCUCUAUCACUGACUUUUGGAAAGAUUCUGGCUUUGUUUUUGAAGCAGCUGAGCAGUUUAAUGCGUUAGUCAUAUUUGCCGAACAUGUAAGUUUGAACUUUCACAGUAUCAGUGAUACUGUGUAUGUACUCUCUUUCCCAGGGUCCUCUCUCCUCCUCCCGUGAGAAAGGAUUGAAUACCAAAGGCUUUAUCAGUCUAGAAUUGGCUUAGGGUAUGGAUGCUGUGGUAUGAUACCAUGUGACGAUAAUGUAAAAAAAUAAGAAACCAAUAAUUAGCAAUUAUUGGAUGUGGUUGAGCAAAAUAUCGUGAUUUGUCAGUGGCCAGCAGAUCAAUUAGCCGAAGGCUGAGGCAAAUAAUUGAUCUGCGAGACACUGAAAAAUCACGGUAUUUUGCGAUAACCGAGUUCAAUAAUUGUUUUAUCAUUCUAUCACCAAGUUUGUUUUUUAAUAAAUAUCUUCGGGAAGCGAAACGAUCUUCCAUUCUUGACGAAAGAGCAAUUGCAAGAAGGAGAAAAGCGUGGUUUCGUUUACGCAUGAGCAGAAUAUUACUUUCAGCCAAACACUUAAAGCCAAACACAGUUGGACUCAUUGCGCAUGAGCACACCAUUAUUUGUAGGGAGUUAUUUGCAGGUCACGUGGUGCGCGUUCGGCCAAUGCAAAGGAAGAAAAAUUUGUAUCGAAUGAUAAUAACAUUUAUCACACACAACACGGAUUUUUUGCAAGCUAGAGAUGGGUAGAAUAGCAUGUUAUCCAUAUAAACAUCUGUGAAAUUUUUCAAAUCGUAUUUCUUUGCAACUUAGCGUCAGUUCCCUAUAAACAGAUACUUUUACCGUACCCUUCAGUUGUCUGAGGCCAUAAGAAAGAAAGUUAACGUCCCGUUUUCUACGUGUAUAUGUCAUUUCCUUGAUUAUGAUGUGUAUUUUUUAACUUUAAAGCGAUACUAUGGGGAAUCUCUUCCAUUUGGCAGUGAAUCAUUUGAGCAUGACAAGAUUGGUUACCUUGCAGUAGAACAAACCAUGGCAGACUAUGCUGUACUGAUAACAGAACUGAAGGUUCAUCUUAAUGCAACGAAGAACAAAGUCGUAGCCUUUGGUGGAAGGUGAAAAAUGCUUCUAGUAAAUUCCAUAAUUCACUCUUGUUGUGCAAUCUUCCACACACAUUAAGUCGUCCCUGUGUGUUAUGUUUCGUUGCCGAUGUACCCUAUUAAUUAUAAAAAUGAUCUUUAAAGCGUUCAAGAGGGCUCUGUCCAUCAUCGGUCCCAGUUGAAGUUUUCGUAGCACGUUGCCUUAGAAAGCUUGCCCGGGAAUAGAGCCUUUGACAGACUUAUAUAGGGCUAAUGUAAACUCCUUAAUUUUUAAUGGAAUUCUGAAAAAAUAAGGUGCAUCAUUUGCAUAGUUACACUCUUGUUUAGGCAAAUCCGCACCUUCGAUGUAGGGUGAAGCCAACCAAAGAAACACCCUAAAUUACCUGCAUCUCGUAAGCCAUCGAAUAAGUUGAAAUAAUGAAUAUAUGCAAGUGAUAUAUUUCACGAAGAAUUAAAUGUAAUGUAAAGAAUAUCUUCACUUUUGGAAGCAACUUUUGCAGUUACGAAAAGAAAGCCUGAAAAGAUUCAGGCUUUCUUCUUCGAGGUUGCUUCUAAAGCGGCGAUUAAUUUCUUUGCAUUUGAUUCUUCGUCCGCAUUUCAAAUAUGUAAUUUUUAUUUACACAUGAUUAUUUCAUCUUUAGUCUUUAUUUCGGAUUUACAGCUUUAUUGGUAAGCGUUGGUAGAGCGCUUCACCGUUAUCGUAGAGUUCAAAAUUCGAAUUCUCGUACAAACCUGUGAAUAUUUUCAGACUUUCUUUUUGCCACUGCAAGAGUUAUGUGUUUAGUUGAAUCACCAAUCACCCAGAUAUCUCCCCAUGAAAUUUUCGCACUUCAUCGACUCAACAAGAUAUGUUUAGAACGAAAUGAGGUUGUGGAAAUGGUGCAUGUUCCCCAAACGUAAAAAGGUUUAUCCUUUAUUAGAGUCUAAAAGGUAGUUGGAGAACUGUAAAGCCAAAAAGGCAAUUGUGUUGAACGAUAAUCUUCCAGCUUUAUAUGAUAUAAGGCCUUUUUGCUGGCCGGCUUCAGGCAUCUGUUAAGGCUUAAUCCGUUAUUAGUGUCUGUUUUCAGAUCUUAUAUCAUGUAGAAAACAACUAGAAAAGGGCCCUGUUGGUGAUGAUUUAAAGCAAGGGUGAAAAGCAGGAAUAUCUACCAUGAGCUAUCCUCUUUCGUUACAAGUACAAUGUAUUAUCUGGAAACACCAAGGACAUGCUAAGUCAUGGCUUAAUUGCAUGAUUGUUGUUGCUUGCCUGUUAGAAGAAUGUAAGACAUGAUUAAUGAUAUUCUUUCGUUAAUCGAAGUCGCGACGAUCGCUAUAUAUGAAACUACGAUCUUAGAGAUCAAGGUGACGAUCCGGCCAUUCCGAUCAAGUUUGACAACGUAUUUAAGUCGUCUGAUGAAGGUAAAGGAAUCUGCCAAAAGUGUGAUGCACGUUCAGAGUUUUUGUUUUUCGCUUGUUAAAGCUAUUGCUUUUUAUUUCCUCCUUUCCGUCGUUAUCCUCGGAGAAGCUUGAGCUCGCUCGUAGCGUUACCUCCCACAAUUUUUGGAUAUGCGACGAUAGUCUUCUACAAGUGAAAAAAGCUUUCUUGUUAGCAGGAAGAAUUUUGCAGUAAUUUUUCCACUUCAGUUUGGUGUCUUGCAUUUUUGCAUUAUUUUUGUCUCAGUGACUUAAGUCUAGAGGUCUAAAUUUUUUAUUCUAUUGAAAAUUAGUUAUAUAUUUAUUUAUUUAUUUAUUUGUCGUUGAAUUUUUUAAAUAAUUAUUUUACUUCACUUUAAUUUUAUAACGCAUUGUUUUAGUCUAAAUUUAUUAUUUUAGUACAAUUAUAGACCUAUUAGUCCAUUAAAAAUUGAAUGUUUUGUCAGUUAUGGUGGGGAGCUAAGCGCCUAUAUGAGGUUCAAAUACCCAAAUGUGAUUGAUGCAGCAUUGGCAGCCAGCGCACCAAUUUACAUGAAGACCUUUAAAGGGAGAGAGAGGCAGUUCUUUUUCUCGGCAGUAACUCAGGUGAGGACUUUAAAACCGCCACAGUAUUUAAACGGUAUGUAUCAUUUAAAGAUAUUUAAUAGUAAGAUGUAUUAAAAUGAUACCCUGUUAGGCAUCUUGUAACAUUUUUAUCACAAUCACUGAAACUUACUACCGAUAUGCACCAGAUGUAUUGUGCUAAACAUUAUUUUCGUUGAGGCAUUUUUUUUUUUCAAAUAUCGUAUUUAUUCGAUUAACCGCCCUGGGCGGUUAUUAAAUUUUUGGACCUUAAGAGUUGGCGCUCAUUCGAGGCUGGGCGCUUAUUAACUUUUUCUGCCUUUAGGAUGGGCGCUUAUUCGAGGUGGGCGCUAAUUCGAGGUUGGGCGCUUAUUCGAAUAAAUACGGUAUGUCUACUCUCCAAAAAAUUUCAAUUUGUUAAAGUAGCCAGUCAGCAGGAUAUUGCUGUUUUAGACCAAUUCGGUUCUGUAGUCUUUACUUAGUACCCUUACCCAAACACAAAAUAAUGAUCCUGUAGAGCUUUGAGGAAGAUAUCAAACAAGUUUCACAAGGAAGCACUAGGCAUAAUAUUUUGGGGGGGUGGGGGAGAGGAUUUUUGCAGGCAUAGUAUUAGGUAAUAGCAUGAUUAGUAGUGAUAUUUGGCAUAAAUACCACGAGUGAUAUUUCAAAAUUGUUAUACGUAGCUUCAGGAGCCGUUAGGCGCGUGAAAUUUGAGACAAUUUUGAAAUAUCACGAGUGGUAUUUAUGCCAAAUAUCGCGUACAAAUCAUGCUAUUAUUUGUUUAUACUACUGCCCGCAAAAGGAUUGUAAUUUUCACAUGUAGGUAUUUCAAAUUAAGCUGAAAUACCACUGCUCUAAGCCAAUCAAAUUGCAGAAAUUUCUCAUGUUAGUAGUAACAUAAAAACUGUAGCCCAGCUUUUUCAAGUUUUGCAAUAUGUUCAAUCCUUGCCAUCCGUUACACAAACGACAAGAAAUAGUUUUAAUACUUUUAAGUAUUAAAAUAUCGUCUUAAAUAACCAAACUGGACCAUUGUUUUCGGAAUUCAAUUAAUGCGAACACAUGUUUUAGCUUUUUAAAAAGAUAGCAAAUAAUAACGUGACAGAUGACCCUUAAACACAAAUUUUUUUUCUCUCGCGCACCCUUUAAAAUAGACUUUGUUGGCGUGAAAAAGGUUUAAAUUUUCAAUUUGCGUGUCUUGUUAAAGCUUAAAAGAACAUAAAAAUAAUGAGUUGAAGUUAUAGACUGGGGAGAAUUUAAGAGUUUUCGGGAGCUGUUUUGAAUCGGGCGAUACAGAAAUACUUUUUGGACGGGGCAAUUUGAAUCAUUUACUUUCUUAGGCUGCGUGCAAACGGACGCAACAACUCCCAACCUGCGGUGCAUCGUGGGAAGGAUACAACCCACAGGUCUUUGUAAACCGUGCGUACAGUAAUUAGCGUGCGCGGCCCCAAUAAUGUUGGAUCCGUUUGCAUGGGUCUUCCAACAUUGUUGGGACCACGCACGCUCAUUACGCGUGGUUUACAAAGACUUAUGGGUUGUAUCCUUCCCACGAUGCACUGCAGGUCCUAACAUUGAUGGGAGUUGUUGCAUCCGUUUGCAUACCACUGCCAACACGCACGCAACAACUCCCAACAUUAUUGGCGCAACAAUGUUGGGAGUUGUUGCGUCCGUUUGCACGCAGCCUUACAUACUGUGACUGAAGUACAGUGUGCUUUUGUCACAAAUACAGUGUAAUUGUUUCUCAGUAAUUAGUUAAAGCUGCAUAUCAAGUAUUUGUUAUGUUUACGCUUUAAUUCUAGGACUUUUAUAAGGCUGAUCCUGAUUGCCCUGGUUAUAUUGUUACUGCAUUUGAAAUGCUUGUGAUGCUAAAGAAUCAAGGAGCAAAAGGUGCCCUUAACAUAUUUCUAUCUUAUUGCGAGUUUAUGAACACCUUUUUAACAACUUAAGGCGAUGUUACACGGGACGAUUCGCAACCACAAUUUUCCGCGCAUCACAGCGUUACAAUAUCGUUGCUGCAUUGUUCCAGCAUUGAUGCCCUAAAAAUCAGCUCGUGAGACAUUACAUGUACCUUACGAAUAUUACAAAAUUAAUAUGUAAACCGCGAUAUUUCAUUAGUGUGGAACAAAGAAAAAUUCUGAGACCCAACACCAUUUGAGUGCAUGAUCAACCAGGUACUGGUGAAUCGAUUAAUCUAUCCGCUGGCAUAUGGAAAAAACCAAUGCAGAUAAAAGGGCCUUGUUACGGCUUUCUAGUUAAUUAACGCGUCCUUAUUCCCUAUGAAAAUUGAGAAAUUACUUGUGAAUGACAAAAUCACAGAUUCGUGUCAAACAAGUAUGUCUUCUAGGUAUUAUAUCUAACGUUAAAAACAACAAAAAUGAACUUUUGAAAACCGUUAAGCUAACAAGUUUUCAAAAACCACAAUUGCAAUCCGCUUCAAUCUUCUUUAAGCUUGUCCAUCUGUACCUCCCCAGUUUUGUAUGUGCUGUGUUAGUUAUACCUUGUUUUCACGUUUUGAGCGGUUAUUUGUAUGUUUCACUCAAUUUGGUGGCAGUUGUCGCUGUUUGAAUUUGGAUAAAUUUCUUGACACAGCUCAAAAUAGCCCAGGCAAAUAAUCAUAUUGAAAAAUAGUGGUCGCUCAUCACACCACCUGUACAUUUUUUUUGUCAUUCUCUCUUGCUACGUAUGUAUCAUUGUCUUCAAUUUUCUAUCACUUUAAUGAAUAACAUCAGGUUUAUUUCGGUUAGUUGUAGUUCCCCGACUGCUUCAAGUGUUGUUUUUAGUCGUAACUGGAAGUUUGAAUCUUUUGCAGGCCUGUCUGAGCUCUCAAGGAUCUUUAAGCUUUGCAAAUCACUUGACUCAGUGGAGCAGGUAUAUUUAUCGCCAACAGGGAAAAGAAAUUUUCUUAAUUAUCAGAAAAAUAUUAAAGGCUUUUUAAUCGUAGUGGCAUUUGACAAGCUACAAUUUCCUUUAGCUUACUGUGUGAGGUCAGCAUAGCUCACUUAUUCCCCAAUCUCUACUUUCCUCUUAAUUUACAGAUUCAUCACAUGUUAGGCUGGAUUCGAAAUGCCUUCACUACUCUUGCCAUGGACGAUUACCCAUACCCUACAGACUCGCUGCCUGGGUACCCUGUUAAUGUGGUGUGCGAAAUGAUGGCUACUGCAUCUUCCAAGCUUGAGGGUCUGGCUGGUGCCACAGCUCUGGUGUACAAUGGAACCAACGGAACACUGUCAUGCCUUGAUCCAGAUACUGAGUACAUUGAAUGUGCAGAUCCUACAGGUUGUGGUCUUGGUCCAGAUAGCCUUGCUUGGGACUAUCAGGUACAUAGCAAAGAAACCUGUAAGCUCAAAUCGUAUGAUACCUUGCGACUGACUGAGCAAUCUUCAAGAUUUAAUCAACUGAAAACAACGUCUCAUGAAUAGCGGAAAGAUAAACUAUAAGACCGCUGUGCCUUCUGGGAAAUGCUAAUGCAUGAAUGCAUUUGCAUUACCGUAAAAUUCCGAAAAUAAGCCCCUCCAAAUGAAGGCCCCCCCAAACUCGUAACGCAAAAAACCCUCCGUUAAAUCGCCCCUCCAAAAAUAAGCCCUCCGGGGACUUGUACUUGGAAAUUGCCCUCAAAUACAAAUUAAAAUGAAGCAAAAACGGUCAAUUUCCUUCCAACUAUAAGCUACUGUAAGGCUAGCCCAAUCGAUUUUGAAACGCAAAUUUCCCUCCAUAGGUAAGCCCCUUCGAAUAUAAGCUCCUCCAAAAAUAAGCCCCUCAAAAAGGGCCUUUGAAAAAUAUAAGCCCCGGGGCUUAUUUUCGGAACUUUACGGUAUCUUAUGAGCGGCAAAUAUGAGCUGUAUAACUGCAUGACUUCCUGCACGAAGUUUUUUGAUUAUGGCGUUGAUAAGACCUCGUCUAUUUUCGGUAAUGUCACCACGCUCUCUUAAGAAAUUUUGUAGAAAAUAUAUGCACAGAGGUGACGUUUUCACCAAAAAGACUGGAAUCCCCUUUACUUUGUUGUUAUGUAUCAAGCUUAGAGUUCGUGACGACAAAGGAAGUCCGAGAAAUGGUAUUAUAAAUGGUAUUUUGAAUUUGCAAUUCUAAUAAACAUAUACGAACAAAUCCCUUUAGUCUCACCGUUCAUGGUACAAAAUUUUCAAUCCAUUGUAUAUCAAGAAUGCUCGAUGAGGCUCCCUUUGCGGGAGUUUUCCCUUACGUUAACAAGUCGUGCCAUAAGGUAAUUAGAAAAUUUUGAAACUGAUGUUAUUGAAAGUGUUUCAACUAAAACCAAAGUAUUUCAUAACCCAGAAUGGAAACCGCAAUGAAUCAAUCAAUCAAAACCUUUAUUUAUACAUGUAUGUAGCUUGGCGGGCCCUUCUUUUUCUAACCUCUCUCCCUUUAUACUUUUCUAAAACACCAAUUCACCAACAUUUUGAAAAAAUUUAAGUACAAGUAAUAGGACGUGCUUUUCAUGACUUUAGCCCUUCUUAGUCCUAGCCCGAACAUUGAAUGUAAAUUAACCUCUUGCUUAAACAUCGUUCUUUCUAAGACUAUUUAAUUUUUUUGUAGCUUUAUCCAAAUCAUAUAUCAAGUCUGUCAUAACCAGAUAACUAAAAGCUAAAAAUGAAAGUUAAGAGCAUUGUUUUUUUUUUAAAGAUAAGGAAAACGUAGGCGUUCACUGCAUUUCCAUAGCAAUAGAACAGUCAUACGAGUAAGUAUUGUAUGUAAUAAAAGGGUUUUCAUUUCCGCGAUUCUUAUAUGAUUUAUUUCAUAUACAUCUAUCAAAAGGGUUUUGUAUCAAUUUUUCUGUCAAUUUUUUAGGUUUGCACUGAGCUGAGCGUGCCUGCAGGUUCAAAUAACAGGACAGACAUGUUUCCAGUUUUACCCUCAACUCCUGAAAUGGUAGCAAAAUAUUGCCAGCAUAAAUGGGGUGUGGUUCAGCGAUCUAACUGGCCCAUCAUUCAGUUAUGGGGAAAAGGUCAGUUACUCUGAAGCUUUAAAGCUGUGCUUCACACAGUGAUAACUGCAAUUUUACUUCAGUUGAAUUUUCCGACUGCAGUCGAAAGAUUAAAACACAAGGUGCAACCAAGUUUGUUGCAUAUUGUAUGACUUCAAAAACUUCUGAUGCACAGAUGACUUAGAUCUGUUCAUUCUUGCACUAAUAUCUACAUUUGGUAUUGUUUUGUUCAAGAAAGCCAUAUACCCAUUACACAGUAAUUUUCUUUUCCAUGUUGUCCAUGAAUUAUUUUUAGUUUUUCAUAAGUACAUGGUUAAUCUAUUUCCAUUUGUCCCUUUCAGAUAUAUCUUCUGCUUCCAACAUUAUUUUCUCCAAUGGUGACUUAGAUCCUUGGAGGCCAGGAGGGGUAUGUUAUUAAACGUAGCGGCUGCAAUUCCACGGUGUAAUGAAUACAUGAUUAGGGCAACGUCUGGGCAGCUAAUGCAUACUAUAAUGAGACCAUUUGGGACAGGAAGAAGAAGAAAGAAAUUUUAAAAUAAAAGUUCCCGCAGUGGUUUUAUUAACAGUGUGCCCUAUUUUAUAGUAAAGAGCAUAAGUUGAGACAAAUCUUCUUUUAGCCUGAAAAUGACGGUUAAGCUUUCUCUCUCCGAUGAAUUUUAUUUACUUUGCAAAAAGCGAUGCUCCUUUAAAUAAUUACGUUGGCUCUGUUGUGGAUAUUCACGGUUUUCAACCUAUGGUAGUAGGCCAUUCAUUCCUCCCCUAGCAAUCACAAGUCCGCCCUACCUUAAUUACCACUACCCAUCACUUCUUUCACUACAUCUGAAUUUUGCUUAGCGUUUUUGUGUUGUUGAUACUGGUUUCGUACUUUUCACUCUCAUUAUGAUGCUUUUACCAGGUUCUUAAAAAUGUUUCCUCAACACUUGUUGCAGUUUUCGUCAAGGGCGGAGCCCAUCAUCUUGACCUAAGGUAUUUUCGUUAUAAUGUUGCCUCCCCAUUAAAUCUGCAUCGCUUAUUAAGGAAAAGGUAUCCUGCCGUUUAAGAUUAUAUUGUUAAUCUCUUCGUGAUUGGUAAAGCACUUGCAUACUAAUAUUUGCAGCCGAUUAUGAUUUUGUAAUUUCAAUCCAACCUCAAGCAUAAUCAACGGGCGAAAGGACCUUCCUGUAUUCAAUAUUCUGUUCCUACUCUAGGAGGCGCUGUUGUUGACCAGCAGAGGACUUGAAAUGCCAUUUAUGGAGACAGGAAUGGCAUAAAAGGGAAGAAGUUAAAUUUCUGGACUCCACACAGGUCCUGCACAGGCGCGGAUCUAGAAUAAAUACUGACCGAUUUCCUAAACGAGCACCGGAAGUGAAAGCAUGCAAACUGGUAUGGAUCCGCGCCUUCUGCGGUCGCGUGACCGUGAAUGGCGAUAGGUUAAACAUCUUUACACGGUAGGGUAGCAUCCUGUGAACAAAGGCACCAACUCAAGGCUUGGGUAAAAGAAAUGCAGUGCUCAGUAUGAAAUUACAUACUACCACUCAUCGAGGGAAAGGUCCAUUGAAAUAGUUUCAUACUUUGUUCUCAUAUAUAUUGUUAUUUUUUAUUCAGGGCAUCCCACCCUCAGGAUCCACCAACCGUCACAGAAGCCCGUCAGCAAGAACUGCAACUAAUUCGAGAGUUCAUAGACUAGGCCAACUCCUUGUAUUAAAAUAAUUUAUCGAAAAUGAAUGUCUAAGAAAAGCAACUUAAUCAUGAUGGGAAGC